AAUUAAAAUUUAAUUCUUCGAGAUAAGAUUUCUCUACAUUUAUUGUGAAUAAUGCAAUCUGUUUUUAAAAUCAAUCAUUGACUUUUCUUAUCCGUAUGUGAUAAAAUUUCAUUUCGAGCAAAGUGAUUAUCAAAAUUCCGUCUUCUAAUCAAUUGCGUUAUUUAUUGACAGAGUCAAUUUACAUACACAAAAGAAUACGGAACUUCACUGCACUUCACUUCAUUUGGCCAUGUCGAAUACUAUAAUCUCUCUCCUUGUCCUACUCCUCCUCUUUUCCUCCUCCUCCACCGCCACUGCCUCUAGCUCCGCCUACCCGACAAUCCCCGGCGCUGUGGACACCACCUUCACCGCUACCCAACACGGCAAUCUAACCCCAAUUCGCAGAGAGGUGUAUGGAGAUGGCAAAAUCUUAGAUAUAAGUCAUAGAUACACAACAAAUAUGCCAUCUUGGGGUUCUGAUGAAGGAUUGGGUCAGUUUCUCUGGCUUCCUGCUAGUAUGAAAAAUGGGUCACUUGCUAACAAUUCGGAAAUGAAGUUACCUACUCAUACUGGGACUCAUGUUGACGCGCCUGGACAUGUUUUCGAUCAUUAUUUUGAUGCUGGGUUUGAUGUUGAUACUCUUGAUCUUGAAGUGCUCAAUGGGCAUGCGCUAUUAGUUGAUGUUCCAAGGGAUUCCAACAUUACUGCUGAAGUAAUGAAGUCCUUGCAUAUUCCCAAAGGUGUACGCCGUGUGCUUUUUAGAACACUAAAUACUGACAGGCAGCUUAUGUUCAAACGUCAGUUCGAUACAAGCUAUGUGGGAUUCACAAAGGAUGGAGCAAAGUGGUUGGUGGAAAACACUGACAUCAAGAUGGUCGGAAUCGAUUACUUAUCUGUUGCUGCCUACAGUGAUUUGAUUCCAUCUCAUCUUGUCUUUCUAGAAGGCAGGGAAAUCAUUCUCGUGGAAGGCCUAAAACUAGAUAACAUUCAAGCUGGAAUAUACUCUGUCCACUGCUUACCUCUAAGGUUGCUCGGUGCUGAGGGGUCUCCCAUAAGAUGCAUUCUCAUCAAAUGAUUUUUGUCAUUGAAAAGUGAUGUCCCUAGGAGUCUGAGCAGAGUAGGACACUGUAAAUAACUGUAAAUGACCAUAACCUGGGGCUACCGGAGAUGCUUUUUUAAGGCACAUUUUCUUUGUUUUACUUGCAUACUAUGACAUGAUGUGAACUCAUACGAUAAUCAUCUUUGGAUGUGAUAAUUGGUCAGCUUAUUUCUUGAGCAAAAAAGUAUUCUCAUGUAA